AUGGCCACCAACGGUAACGAUAUCAUAAACGACACAGCUUCUCCAUCUCCUUCUCCUUCUCCUUCCUCCGCGAUUGAUUUUCUCUCUCUUUGUCACAGCCUCAAGACGACGAAGAGAGCAGGAUGGGUAAAGAGGGAUAUAAGAGGACCGGAAUCAAUAUCAGAUCAUAUGUAUAGGAUGGGAUUAAUGGCUCUGAUCGCUCCUGAUAUUCCCGGCAUUGAUCGUGACAAGUGUAUAAAAAUGGCGAUUGUUCAUGAUAUUGCGGAAGCAAUUGUCGGAGACAUAACCCCUUCGGAUGGGGUUCCGAAGGCGGAGAAAAGCAGAAAAGAGAGGGAAGCAUUAGAGCAUAUGUGCAAAUUGCUUGGUGGAGAGUCAAGAGCGAAGGAAAUGAGUGAGUUGUGGAAUGAGUACGAGGACAAUUCAACAUUGGAAGCUAAAAUUGUUAAGGAUUUUGAUAAGAAGAAACAAGUAACCAUGGAGGUUGAGAUGAUACUUCAAGCUUUAGAAUAUGAAAACGAGCAAGGGAAAGACUUGGAAGAAUUUUUCCAGUCAACUGCUGUUCAUUUAUCUUUAGGAUGCACUAUUUUUGUAGUAUGCAUUGUAGACUUGCACUAA